CACAUGUCCUUCAAACGUCAAAAUCAGCUGUUAAUUGUUUUGAUAAAAUAGAAAAAUGUUAAUUUUAAGAAAUUUACGUUUUAUAACAAAGGUUGCAAAAACUGAUGUCAGUAUUUUAAAUUGUGCGCCACUAAUUAUUAGGGAGUUACGUAGUCAAUCAAGACAACGUCCUGACAUACAGGUUUCCAAAGAAGAAGAUGAACAGACUACUAAACCACCGGCACAAGUAGCACAAGCUGAAAAACAUGCACAAAUCGGCAUUACGGAGGCGGUACAUAAAUAUUUAAAAGAUGAACUAAGACAGAUUGAAAAUGUGCAGUCGGAGGAUGCUAGUACCAGCAUUAGCAAUGCCACCCACAAAGAAAAUAAAUCUGUUAGCGGCGUGGACGCUGAUAAUUCAUUGGCCAUUGGCGAGGCUAAGAAAGAUUAUGUGCCGACUUUCAAUUUAGCAGCUUACGUAAAUAAAUCGCCUACGUUACAGCAAUUUAUACAACUUGGCGUAGAUUUGCAUAGCAUCGAAAGACGUAAAGGUUUGGCGAAAUUUGUGUUGGGUUUAGAUUUUGAAAAGGAUGUGAAACCACAUCUGUACUUUCUACAAGAUCAAGGCGUAUCACCAGAUGUAUUCGGUGAAUUCAUAACAAAAAACCCGCUAUUUUUCAAAAUAGAUUUAGAUGAUUUGCAAACGCGCGUUAACUAUUUGGAAUCGAAAAAUUUUUUACCUGAACAAAGACUACGUAUAUUUACGCGUAACCCCUUCUGGCUGAUGUUCUCUACGCGACGCAUCGACCAACGUCUAGGUUAUUUCCAAAAGGAAUUUCGUUUAAACGGCGACGAUGUGCGAUUUUUGUCAUCGAAACAACCACGUCUGAUAACUUACAGUAUGGAACAUAUACGCAAAUCGACAUUUUGUAUACGCGAAGAGAUGGGCUUCGAUGAGGACGAACUUAAAUGCUUGCUAUUGAACAAGCCACGUUUAUGGAUGAUGAAUUCUGAUCUGCUCAUUGAACGUUUCGCGUAUGCUCACGAAACUAUGCAGCUUUCACAUGAUAUGUUAAUACAAUUCCCUGAAGUACUUUCAUCGCGCGAAUUCCGUUUGCGGCAACGUCACGAGUUUCUUGUUACACUUGGGCGCGCACAAUAUGAUCCGGAGAAGGAUUUAUACGUAUCGCCAAGAGAUUUGGUCAGUGGUAACGACUAUCAUUUUGUGCGAAAUGUCGCUAAGAGUGAUCUGGAGACUUAUGAACUUUUCCUUAAGACGCGUUAGUAAUUAAAGCAUAGAUUUGUAAUUUAAUUUUUAAUAAAAUUAAUGAGAGAGUAAAUGUUAGUGCAAUUAGUUUAGAAAAAAAAAAAUA